AUGAUCCUGGAAUGUUGUUCCAAGCUGGGGAACAGGGACCAAGCAGAGCCCGAUAGGCAGGCCCUUGUCACAGCUAGGAGGGGACCGGUCACCCUCGAACUUCAGAAAGUGGGUGAGCAGGAGUUUGAGAGGGAAAAGCACGCCCACAGCAUCCUGCAGUUCCAGUUUGCCGAAGUGAAGGAGGCCUUGAAGCAGCGGGAAGAAUUGCUGGAGGAAAUCCGACAGCUACAGCAGAAGCAGGCGAGUUAUAUCAGGGAGAUUUCUGAUCUUCAGGAAACAAUAGAGUGGAAAGACAAGAAGAUAGGGGCUUUAGAGAGGCAGAAAGAGUUCUUUGAUUCCAUAAGGAGUGACCGAGAUGAUCUUAGAGAAGAAGUAGUCAUGCUGAAAGAGGAAUUAAAGAAACAUGGAAUAGUCCUAAAUUCAGAGCUAGCUACUAAUGGAGAGACUUCAGACACUCUAAAUGACGCCGGACACCAAGGUCCUUCCAAGAUAACGAAAGAAGAGUUAAACGCCCUCAGGACGGCAGGGGAUGGGAUGCUAGAUAUUAGGUUGAAAAAGCUUGUUGAUGAACGGGAAUGCUUAUUGGAACAGAUUAAGAAACUCAAAGGACAGCUGGAAGAGAGACAGAAGAAUGGCAAGCUAGACAACCUGCACCCUGGAAGUGAUGUCUUAGAAAAUGGGACAGACAUGCAUGUAAUGGAUCUGCAAAGGGAUGCCAACAGACAGAUCAGCGACCUCAAAUUUAAACUUGCAAAAUCUGAGCAAGAGAUAACCGCAUUAGAACAAAAUGUGAUAAGGUUAGAGAGUCAAGUAUCACGUUAUAAAUCGGCUGCUGAAAAUGCCGAAAAAAUAGAAGAUGAACUUAAGGCCGAAAAACGGAAACUCCAAAGAGAGCUGCGCUGUGCACUGGACAAGACGGAAGAGCUUGAGGUGAGCAACGGCCACUUAGUGAAGCGUCUGGAGAAAAUGAAAGCAAAUAGGAGCGCGCUCUUGUCCCAGCAGUGAGCCCCAGCUCUGCACAGGAACCCGGGCGGCGGAUGGAGAGCAUGGCGUCGUGGGCUUAGCCACCAGAUGCCUCUCUGACUGCGGACCCCCCCCACCCCGACCCGGGACUGGGGCCGCCACCCCAAACCCGCGGGUAUUUAACGAGCACACCGGGCCCACGGGAGCUGCGUGUCCCACGGCACGGCAGCCUCGCGACGCCACUGAACGUGGCAAUCUAGGUAAAGAUUAAAACGGGACUUGAGUUUUCUUUUCACGUGUCUUGCUGAAAACUGAGGGGACGUGUUACAGUGUCGGGACUUCCUUUGGGGGCAGAAUCUACAAUUGGAGCGACUUCGGUAGCAUCUCUUAGUCUGCGCUUUUCAUACACAAAACACUGUGGAACCACAAGCCAUUACCAAGCAAAACUCUUUCACUAGAAGCAAGGGGAUGGUCUGGAGGUAAAAGUGACCUUAAGAAGACUCUUUACAGGCAACAAAUGAAGCUUUUCUAAGGGAUUUUUGCAUCAGUUCAACCCUAAGAACAGGGUAAUUAGCCAAUAGCCCCCCCGAAAAUGACAGCUUUUCCAUUCGCACUAUGUAACCCUUCUACUUGGACUUGAAGUUGUGAACUCCUUUUAAAGAAUGUACUAUUAGAACAAUUAAAAAACGAAAUGCUGAAAGAUUUUA